AACCCCGGAAUUUCCCAAACUGCCAUCGCCAGGCAUAUCUUGGCUGCUUCCACACCCUCCCGCCAGUGAUUGCACAAUCACGCUCUGGCAACAGCCGUGGAAGAAGCAAAUGCACCGCGUUGCGAAAUUAAUUAUAUCUCCUUGCUAAACAGCUCUCCGAUUUGGACCCUCUGAAUCUGGGAUUCGGAGAAAAACAGGCCGCCCUCAUGGAUCCGCCUAGCUCAUGGGACGCCCUCCGGAAGCAGGCUAGGAAACUUGAAGCACAGUUGGAUGAACAAAUGCAUUUAUAUCGCAAACUGGUUUCUAUGAAAGUUGACGGUGAUAAAGAGAAAGAGAUUGAUUCUGGAAUAGAUCAACUACUCAAACAGCUUCAGCAAGUAAAUUCACAUAUGCAAGCUUGGGUAUCAUCUGGUGGGUCAGAAAUAUUUUCUCAUACAUUAACUCGCCAUCAAGAAAUCCUUCAAGAUCUUACUCAGGAGUUUUAUAGGCUUCGCUCUAGCUUUAGAGCUAAGAAGGAGCAUGCGUCAUUGCUUGAGGAUUUCAGAGAGUUUGACAGGAGUAGGCUAGACUUGGAAGAAGGUGGUGGCUCUGAGCAGGUUUUACUUAAGGAGCAUGCAUCUAUCAGCAGAAGUACAGGACAGAUGGAUACUGUAAUUUCUCAAGCACAAGCAACACUUGGGGCGCUUGUCUUUCAACGCUCAACCUUUGGGGGCAUUAAUUCAAAGCUUAGCAAUGUCAGCAGCCGCCUCCCAACGGUGAAUAACAUCCUCUCGGCUAUAAAGAGGAAAAAGUCUCUGGAUACCAUCAUCCUUUCCCUUGUUGCUUCUGUCUGCACAUUUCUCAUUCUGAUCUAUUGGUUGACCAAAUAAGAAGGUAUUGUUGGUUUUUUGGCCAAGCCCCGUGCAUCAUCUCAUCUUCUCUCCAUUGUAUUGUAUGUAAAUUCUAUGAUUUUUUCUCGAGUGCCUUUUUUCCCUCAAUAAAUUUGGGUAUUUUUGAUUUAUACCUUGGUUAUUCCUGAGAUGACACGCUAUCCACCCUGUUGGGUGAUGAUACUCAGUUAAUUGGAGCAUAGUAGACAUUAGAAAGGUUAUCAAAACUUCAACUGGCAUAGACAAGCAUUUGCUGAUUGGAAUGAUAUUUUUGCAGCCUGUUUCAAUGCCUGAGGACAAGAAAAUAAAACUUAGAGAAGUAAAUGAAAACUCUUGCCCACAGCUUGUCCUCUAAAAAAGUGAGAAGAAAGACUUCAACAGGAAUAUUUCUGUUUCAACCUUGACGGUAAUGCUUGUUCUCAUUGGGAAUUACUCAAUUACUUGGUUGGAGUGAUAAAACCAAAAAAAUGUCUCAAAUUGGGGGGCAAAGUGGCUUUGGAUGCAAGUAUAGCAGAUGAAUUAACUAAUUUUAUUUGAAGCAAGUAUGGCAACCUUGUUUUGUGAUGUACACAACAUAUGAUAUUCAGCCAUGGUGGUUCUUGGAAGCAUCCCGAUAGCCAUAAGCUCUUCAAAAAGAUGUGAUGUCUGCAUCAUUUAGAACUUUUGCCAAUGUAUGAUUGAGAGAUCAUUUUGUUAUGACUUUGAUAUCAAUCAAAAUUAUCGGAUCUUGUCUGUUAA